GAGUCUGAUGUUUGAAGUACCGCUGGACAAUACAAACGCAGCAGACAGCCGCUGGCUCAAGCGGUUCAUCAUGUACACGAUCGAAAUGCUGUUUUAUGAGGGAAAAUGGGAGAGAACUGUGCAUAUCAUUUUGCGAUUCAACGCGUUGACAAGGUAAGAAAUAAGGAAUGUCGCAUCCCACGAAUUUUUUCAAACUUUUGAUAAUAAUUUUACGUAGUCGUUUUAGGAUUGUCACGCAACGCUCCUCGUGUUUGGGGAGGGGCAUUGCAUGGUGGCCCUAAAAAGAUAAUUCCGUUGCUUUUAUUAUUUGCAGCUGAAUACUCUUCGAAUGGCUCAUUUUUGUGCUGGCUCCAGAAAACUUUGUCGUAUUUAACAAUCAAUAAAAGAAAUUAGAUAAAUGGAAAGAGUUAGAUAGAUGGAAGCCAGACCUACCAUUUACCACUCCAAGACGUAGAUCUUUCAAACUGCAAUCUAAGGUCAUCAGUCUGUUUCUAAAUGCUGAGGAAUAUCGACUUUCAAAAGCAAAAUUAUCUCAAAGAAAUGACCACUAUUUUUUAAGAGUGGGCAAAUUAUGUCAUGUAUAUGAAAUCUUAGCCUACAAUAGCCUACAACUGUAGCUUAUUGGGUAUCAAUUGAGGUUUUUGGGUUACUGACCACCCAUCCCUCAUCAAAGUCAACAUUAAUACAUACUUCCCGCUUAGGGCAAAACUAUGACUUAAGGGAGGGGUAGGUGAUCAGUUACUCAGUAGACUCCCUCGGCUUCUUGUUUUUUACUUUCGCUCGCUUCGCUCGAUUUCCUCGCUCGCGGGACCAUCCUGAGGGACUGCUCGCAGUCUAGUUACCCAGAAACCUCCGUUGAUCCUCUUCCCUUUCAUUGUAGGAGUCGUUAUGCAGAAUCACUGUUACCCUUACUUAUCGUGGCUCAGCGGAGUCUUCAUGUGCAGAUAGAUGCCCAUGGGGGUCCCUCCAGAAGCCAGCCUUUAAUCACCGUUUCCAAGGAAACUGGAAUCGCUGAAGAGUUUCACGUUAGACCUGCUGAGUAUAUGUCGAUUGAGCCCGCCGUGCACAUUGAUCCUGAAGGCCAUAAUGUGUACAGCGGUAGCGAGGACGCUUUCAGACUUGUUUCAGUCCCCAUCAAUAUAAGUGACAGCUUGCAAGCUCUACACCAGGCUCUUGACUUGAAGCACCACACCGCACGGUCUCUGGAGCACAGUCGACAGCUAUUGCUGUGUUAUCUCGCUGGUCAACAGGAAGGUGAGACACAUGAUAAGGGGAUUUACUGUAGAGAUGUGGCCCCCUAGACCCCAAAGAUAGAGCCAUGCCGAAUUUCAUACCCGUAAGAUACGGAAGAGAAAAUCGUAGAACCAUGUGAGAUUAUGAAGGCUUCGUCACCAGGACAGAAAACUACAACAAAAAGCUAGUUUCCACAUUUCACUCCAGAAGGGAUAGAAUGCAUCACGUAUCACAUGCAUUGUGGGUUAUACUAUAUCAGCUUACCACCUCUUAUUCUUCGCGAGUCUUCCCUUGAUGACUUCCUCCCAAGCCGCCUAUCCCUAACCUGUAAUCCUUCUCUAUUGUGUAAAUAUAAGCAAGAGGUUCCAGCGCUCGAUUGUACCGCGGGUCAUCCUGUACGGGCUUACAGUGUACCCCUAACCCGUAAUCUUUCCUCCUUGUGCCUUUAUAAACAGGGGGAUCCAGCACCCGUUUACACCGCGGGUCAUCCCGAGUCGGCUUCCUGCCCAGCCAGGUUAAGCCUCCCACAGACGUCCCUGUGGAUUUAACAAAGGAGUCGUUUGAUGGUGUUGAAGAUGUGCAGACGUUCACGUUGCAACCUUCCCAGCUAGCAGUGGUUAUUGCAUCGUAUGACAAGACUAUUGGUAUGACACUCUAUAUAAUGUUACUGGUAUUGAGACCAAGUGAGAAUUUUGCACGUGAGUAAUGAACAGCUAUACGACGCAUCUGUACGUGACUUCGAUGUGAAAACAACUGCACUUUUGCACUCCAGUAAUGGGCAGCUAAACAACGCAUUUGCACGUGACUACGAUGUGAAUAUGUGUUAAUUUAACUGGUUAAUUAUUAUUAUUGCUGUUGAAAAAGAAAAAACAAACAAACAACAAACAAAACACUUCGAUGCUAGCUAAAAAUACUAUACUUGAAUAUUUAUUCUCCACAAAGCAUGCAGAGCUCCCACAUUUAGGGUAGUUUAUGUAAUGCGAUAGGAUUCUUAAAGGUUAGUGGAACUUAAAAUUGUGUCACUUUUUAGAAAUGUUGCAGUUUCGCAAACAGAAAAGUCUUGCUGCACAAGCGAUGCACGAACUGGGAAACAUCAUGUUCCACAGUGGAAACAUGAGGUUUGUAAAUAGCAUCCUUUCACCUCAACCAACACUGAUAAACGCGAAUGCGUUUACCGUUUACAACAUUGUGAAAAAUUAGCAUUUUGAUCUAAAAAAGAUUCAACUCUGUUCAAGAGACUCGUAUGCAAGAAAGAAGGUAAAUACUCAUUUUAUAGUUGACAUAGUACAACUAGAAAACUCACCUACGGACGAAGUUUUCGUCGCAAUCUUUAUUCCAUAAUGCAUAGCGAUCCUAGCGCGCACGCCAUACGCCUUUUAUGUUAGUAGGUUUUUGUUAUUAGAGAGCUUACGAAACUACGACGGCAACGGCAACGGGAACGUCAAAACAACUCUGCACAUGCGUCAGGCUUUUUUGUAAAUUUCUUUGCCGUCCCUGUCACAAUUACGACGUGCAACGGCCAAAUUUUAGGCUCACUUGAGAACGGGAACGGCAAGGCGAUGAAUUCUUCCAUCUCUGUCUGAGGUAAACUCAAGUCUAUUUACAAAUGAUCACUAAACUUGCGCUUCGUUUUUUGUGACCCGACAAAAUCUUAGUGAAAGUGGUGAUCACAGAACUAAAUUACCAAGCGGUGUAAGAAAAACUGAAUUCUGUUUUAGCGUGGCUAGUUUAGACAAAUAAUUACCGUAGAAACUUACAUGUCAUGCUCUUUAACAAAUUACAGGGCUACUUACAAGUGGUGGGCGGAGUCACUUGACACGAUCUUAAACACAACAGACUCACUGAAGACGUGGCGUGAUCUGACGUCAUCAUCUGACGUGUCAAUCAAACCCUGUGCUGCGUUACUUGAGAGGUGUGGUUUAUGGGGUUGCCUGCUGGGUGGCGUGUUAGCCGCUGAUAUUGCUCAGUAAGUAACUUUAAUGAAAUAUGAACCCCACCUGAUACACAAAGUGAAAAUGAAAUGUUGUCGGUCUAUUCGCCCCACCCCUCAACGGGUAUUGCCGCCUACACUGCUUGUAUAGACUCUAUACCAAUGGUUUAUAGGAUACUCGGGCAGCCUCCAACGCAAGCGUGUAGCUGACACUAGCCAGUUUUAUUCGUAUAAUACUUUAAGUUGUAACAAGACGUAUGUAUGUCACGUCUGGGGUACUGGAUCUUCGGAUGUUCAAACUCAAGCAAAACCCGACAAUCCUAUAGACUUAUGACUCUAAGGACAUUGGAAAAUCAGAGUCUUUAAAAAGAAUGUCGAUAAUGAUUUUUUGCUUACAUUGUGUAUUUAUUAGGAUAGCGUAAAAUUCCGAAAAUAAACCCCAGGGCUUAUAUUUUUCAAAGGCCCUUUUUGAGGGGCUUAUUUUGGAGUAAUUUUUUAUUUCCAUGAAGAUAAAACUCAUUUCAACAAGAAAGGUCUUAAACUUUGCCUUGUUUUGAAAGCGACAGUUUUUGAACUCGGAGAUGGCCCGUUUGCAAUUACCUAUAAGAUUCAAUUCAUGUUAUUUUCUGGAUUUCCCCGUAGAUACAUUCACACAUCAAACCUUGGACUUCGCUUAGAAUGCUGUCUGCUGUCCGCUACCUUUUUCAAGGUUUGACUUACAUUUUGGAUUGCCUAUUAGGCUGUUAAAUAUUUAACGAGUUACAAGGUAUAAAUUCUGAAGAAGUGUCUAAUGGCCGGCCUUUCUUGUAGCUAGAGACAAUAGUUUCUAUCGUUAUCCUUUUGACUGGACCUUACUCACGCUACCCGCCAUCUUUGCAAACGCUUUAGAAUUGAUAAGAUAAAAGCAAUGACACGUGGUAUUCCAUGAGGCAAACAAGUGAUAAUAUUACAAAUAAUCGUGGUGGAAUUUGAUUAUUUUCUCAAAACGAGGUGACGAUUUUAGUGUUGCAAAAUGCACAAGACCCGGUUCCUGAAAGUCCUAUUAGCGCAAAUCCAGGAUUAAAAUUUUGUUCCACUUUUUGUAUACCCUUCCCACGCAUUGCUUAGAGUAACAUUUUGUGUUAUCAUAACUAUAUCUCGGGGUAAAGGCUCAACUGCAUGUUGUAAGCUCGAGUUGCAUGUUCUUAGACAAGAAAAUCUUGCGUAAAUUUUGGCUUAAUCAUGGGUUAAACGUAACCGUCUUUUUAGCAACCUUGCCCAGCUCGAGUUUCGGCACGUUUUACGUCGUUAUUGCUUGCUGUGACGACAUUCGCAGUCGAACUGCAUCCGAAGAAGUAACAAUGAUUACUUCCACCCAUAAUUUGCCAUAAACAGACUUGAACACGAUAACUUGUAUUGGCAGAUUUUAUCAUUUGUUUGCCCCUUAAUUAGCCACGUGACAUUGCUUCCAUUCUCUAUUGAUGGCGGGUAUUGUGAAAAAGGUCUAUUGAGCAGGCAUUAUAACCUUCAAGCAAACCUUUAACCCGUUAACUAAAAACAACAACUUUCAAAAGAGUCUCUUGGAGCUAGUCUAGGAAUUGGACAUCUUGUUAUGAGACCGCGUGCUGUUCCUUUGUGUACCCUCUCACAUUAAUUUCUGAUAGAGACCAGGAACCUAUUACCUCCCCCACACCCCGCCUCCUCUAUAGAUACCAAAUUAUCUUAACCUCGGUCCUUAGCGCCUACAUGAAAUACUCAGACUGUCUUCUAUUUCCAGGCCUUGUUCUGUUCUUCCCUUCCCCACCCUACAGCGGACAAGGAUUACGCCUUAUAUGAGGUGGGGACAGGAUGCGAAGUGGCGGAGCUGGUACCCGGUAUUGAUCUUCUGUCCGAGGCCUUCAGAAGUAACGGACGAACAAUACUGGCCGCGUUGAGAUGGAUUACUGAAGAACUGGCCCGAGCACGUUACCUAGUCACAGUGAGUCUUUCUAUAUAAAGCACCCAUCGAUAAAAUAGAUGUUAUAACAGUCAUUCCAGGUCAAGCGUACCCCCAUCGCUUUUGUUGAUGAAUUCAUUAUUUGAACAAACAUUGAAUCCGUUUGUUGCUGGUAAUUUCAGAUUCAUGUGUUUAUUCUUGCAUGCUUAAUAAGAAGUGAAUUUACUUUCGAGGUAGUUAAGAUUUCUCUCAACUCAACUCUCUUUUUCAACCUGCCAGUGAUAGAAACGUGUUCGUGAGUCCUUUUUUUUUGUCAAGUUGACCGAACACAGAGAAGUUGCAGUCUAAUAUUCACUUCUCAUUAUGCGUGAGAGAACGCACAAAGGACUAACGGACUCAAGUGUUCAGUUCAAUGAUAGAAUCUAAGUUGGAAGCUUGACAUGGUUUGGCCGAAAUUCGCAUUCCAAGGUUAUAAUUUGUUAGUAUAUGCUGAAGAGGUCGUGGUCUUGAUUACUAUUUGUACUACUUGAAUUUUGACAAUGGCUUUUACUCUUUUCUAGGUUCUUCCAUUGAUUACCCUUUGUUUGUACUUCACGACACACGUGUCACGUGAUCUACAUAGAUCAGUAAGAUACUCAAAACAAUUCUGUACUAGCGGCAUACCAACAUUACGUCAUGUGGCACCGUGGCUGUCAUGUUCAGAAACAGCGUGAUCAUGAUAAUGGUAUUGCUAAUAAAGGACCGAAUUGAAGUCUUUAAUGCUUUAAGACGAAUCACUACACGCCCCAGUAGAAGUUGUACAGCCGAAUGCAUGACGUCAUUGUUUACAUUUUUACCAUGAGCAUGCGCAUUUUAACCUGCAUAGAAGGCGUCACGUGCACAUCCUUCCUUUAAUUAAAUUCAAAGUUGAAAGAAUUGGUUAUUUAUGCAACUUUCGGCUCUUUUGCAGAAACAAUGUGAUCUUACCCAACAGGAGAGAAAGAAGCCGGCAAACGCUUGUGUGACAAGCGUGACGGUGCAACUACUAAUAACAAACGAAGGAGCAGCCUUCAAAAAGCUUCAAAUUGCUGGGUGACAAAAAACGUUUAUGAACCCAUACAUUCUUCAUAAAGAUAAUUUAUAGCAAUAAUACGUAAUUGAAACGAAGCUACAACAUGCCAGCUCAAAUUUUACAGAUAACGGUUUUUUUUUCCUCGAUAUUCAGAGAGUUUAUUUUCAAUACCAGUUACAUAAAUUCGCCUGGCCGAUUUUAUCCAUUAGAGAGGUUAUCUGGUGGAUGAUGUUAUGUGGCCCCGGUGAAGAGAUCACCCCUUCGGAUAGACGACUGUUGCAUUUCAGCCUGUACAAUGUCCAAAGGCUGUCAUCCAACAGGUUUCAGUCUAGAAUGUUUUUCUGAAGGAAACAGCGUGAUCAGAUAUUGGUUUAGAACUGAUGAUGAUUGUUUGAUAUUUGUUAAACUCAUCUUUUCUCAGUUCAGUGUUUUUACCAUUGAGAUCACACGCUACGGCGGAAUCUCUUUUACAUCCUAACAAUCCCACUGACUCACAAAUCUUUAAUGCUGAACGAAUCACUACACGCCCCAGUACAGAAGUUGUACGAUCUUUGCUGACGUCAUUGUUUACAUUUUGCCAUGGCGUACGCGUUAACCACAUAGAAGGCGUCAACGUAUGCACGAAUUAAAUUCAAAAAGUUAAGAAAAGAAUUGGAUUUAGUUUAUGCAAUUUCAGUAUUUGCAAACAAUAGUGAUCUUACCAACAUUUGCAAACAGGGUGGCCCAUUCAUCUUUACGGCUGGCUAAAUACUCUCAAAAUAUCUCUUACUUUAACUAGGAAAAAAAAAAACUUAAAAUAUGUAAAAAUCGUGUUAUAGUUAUAUGAUAAAUGGGUAACGGAACUUCGUGUCGUUCAAUUCGAACUGUAAUUAAACUCGAAAUUAAACAUUUUGUGAUUUGGUUAAUCGCUCGUAUAUUACUAUUAUUUAUUGUUGGUUAUAUUUGUAAUCGUAUGGUCAUCUCUUACAUCGCUCAAAGAACCAAACAGAGUUUUAUCGACUGACCAGUAAAAAGUAUACUUUUGGUUUAGACUCACUCGUUAUUUGGAAGCAAAGAAGAAGAGCAAACUAUGCAGAGCUACAGACGAUACCUCCUCUGUCACAGUCUCAAAUGGGAAAGAAAAACAGCAAGAAAAAAAUCAGCGGUGAGUUGCAAAGAAAGUAAACACCCGGUUAGAAGAACCUAUGAUUUCAGGCGGGUUCAGGCUGAUCAUGUUCUUAUUUACCGGGUGCUUAGUGGGAAAUUUGCCUGGAAAUGUUCUUAAAAUUUAUUUCAGAAAUACAGAACUUCACAUUAUACAUUGCAAUGUAUAAAGUAAGCUAAAGUAUAGGUUAAUUAACAACAAUGUUUUAUUACUUACGUCGAGGUAAGUGUGGCUCUUAGAGUUUGUAUGGUCCAGCACACUUCAGUACUUGAAUAUGAGUUACUACAUUGGUGGUUUCUUAUUUUGGCAUCCUCCUUCUUUAUAUACAAGAGCAUGUUUUAUUUAUCAGGCUAAAUUGGUUCUAUAAAUGUUGCUUUAUUUGCCAACUUUCAGCGUGAUGUUCUUGAUGCUCAUGUUUUUAUAUGCCAGUCUUUACUGUACCUCAGGAGAGAACGUUUUAAUACCUUUCAUUCAACUGAUCACUCGUUAAACACCUUCAACAACAACAACAACAACAACAACAACAACAAAAACAGGAAAGCACUUCUUAAUAAUUUCAAUUUAAAUGCUGCCAUCCACAGACUAAAAGGUCUUAACCAAUCAAGGUCUAAAGCAUUAUUAACGAUAUACAGUGUAAUUGGGAUGUGAAAUAUUAGAGAAAAAGGGAAAUAUUUUUCUUCUCUGUAUCUUUAACUUAUAGCUUCAAUUUACGAAGAAAUUAAUGUACAAGCUUGUACAUUAAGCCAUGAUUGAGAAACUGCUACCAAUACCUAUUUAUGUGACAAAAUAUUCUAAAUACAUUUUGUCUUUUCAGAUGAUGUAACUAGCGUUAAAAGCAGUCAAAUCACACAAAGGAAACAACUUAUCGAUGCCAGCACGGCCACUCCUCAACUGACCAAGGUACAAGCAUUUUCAAUUCAUGUAUCAGGGUAAAAUUGCGUUUGCUUUUUUGUAGGUAUAAUGUGUUAGCUGCAAUUUUGUUUUCGCUUAUUACAAUAUUAAACGUUGAUUUUAUAUCUUAUACUUUUGUUAUUUGCAGGGUUUCCUUCUGGCGUCCGCGGAAUUAAUUCUGACUAAUUUGUGCGAAUCACUGACUGAUGCUCAAGAUCAAGGCAGCCUGGAAGAUGAACGUAAGUAACUCUGAUCAAAUGCACGUCUUAAAAGUAAAAGUGCUCUUUCGAUAUUUUGAGGCCUCAGCGCCUUGUGUCAACUUGGCUGCAAAGUUUCCCGCGUCUUUUUAUGGCAACAUAUUUCCCCGCGUUUUUAACAAGCGACUUCUUUUCCCGCUUUCUUCAAUGACAACCUCGACCGCAGGGAAAAGCCCUGGGGACAAGAUUUGCUUUACGGACUGUCUGUUUUACCGCCCAUUCUAUGGAUCAAUUUAGGUAUCUGGAACUUUGCCCCCUACCCCUCCCCAAACCCCAACAUUUUGCCCCCAGUGAGACGCAAAUGUUAACGUUGAGUUAGGGGAGGGUGGAAGGGCAGCUUCAGAAAACCUAAGUGAGCCCGUCGACGCGUCUCAACCGCGUUCAUUGGGUAUUUUCGCUCUUUUAGGCUGCUAAGUUUAUCUUCGGUGGAUCUGGAACAAGUUUUGCCUGUCGUUUUGGAACCAGCACAAAUAGCCAGUCAGCGGCAUCAUGCAGUUACCAGGAAACAUCGUAUAUGCCUGCAUGAGAGCCUUGGAAGACGCUGCCAUUUUGAAUGAACUGGAUUUGGAGAAACGGUACUAUAUCAGUCUUAUCGAUACAGAGAUUGAACAAAGUAGGACUCUCGCCACAUUUGUAGCUAUAUCUUAAUCGCAAUAUGAAAUCAGUUUUAACUUAAGUUAAGUUAAGUUAAGUUUUUUACUUUUAACUCUCUUUGUUUUGCAUUGAAUGGUUAGGAAGAAAAUCAUAUUUGGAGCUUGGAAAAUUUUGCGUAAACUUCCUGCUGUACAAUACUUACAAUUUAUUUAUUUAUUUAUUUAUUUAUUUUCUAGAGCUCAGUCUCUAAUGUCCAACCAAGUCCGAUCCGCGCCGAGUUCUGUUUCCGGGUGGGGUGGAAACCAUUAUUUUCAGAACCAGGCGCGGUGUAGACUGGACGCGAGACUGUGGCUGACGUGCCGGCUGGCUCUGGCGCGUGGACUCGCGGAAGAGGACAGUGGAAUGGGAAAACUUGGCGGCUCAGUCAGAAGCGUGACCAGUUCGAUUGGCUCGUGUCUGCAUCACUGUCAACAAGGUAAUGAACGUGAAUCCAUCUUGCAGAAUGACUCUCAAUUCAUAUUCUUUGGAUUGUUGAUGAAGGCAGGGCUUCUGGCAACACAUUAACAACUUUUUAGCAGGACUUCGAGUGAACUGUUGACAAGAGCAUCGCAUUAUUUUCCAUAGCCUGUUAUCAAUACUUCUCUUUCAACAAAUUUAAGGGCCACAAGUUUAUCAGUUUUAUCAUAACUGUCACGUGUUUACCCUCUUUCAGUAAAGGCUUUACCUUACCUUACCUAACAAAAUAUAAAUCUCAGUAGUACUUUCUUAUGGCACUGUUUACUAUGUUGUACGUUGUACAAGGUGGUUCUAACUUUUGAGUCUGUGGAUGAAAUAAAAAGUCUGACCAUCCAAAUGAAAGCUCCUGAACAGUACUUUCCUGUGGCACUGUUUAUUAUGCUGUACAAGGUGGUUCUAACUUUUGAGUCUGUAGAUGAAAUCCUAAACUGUUACCAUUUAAGUGAAAGCUACUGAGCAGUUCUUUUCUGUGGUACUGUUCAUUAUGCUGUACAAGGUGGUCCUACCUUUUGAGUCUGUGAUUUACAUCAUUCAAUUGAAAGCUACCUAGCAGUACUAUUCUGUAUAACUUUUUUUAUCCCGUUCGAGUCGGUACUAAAUUUCGAAUUCAUGGAUGAACUCUUAAACCUCGUAUUUAUUAAUUUGAAUAUUUUGUUUGUUUGUUUGUUUGUUUACUUCGGGGUAAAAUUUUCAAACACCAAUUAUCCGUUGCAGGUCUUGACGAGGCAGAGGCGUUUGGUGAUGUAGAGCUUAUGGCAGAGUUCUCUCUUCUGAGUGUAGUUCAGAAUUUACAGCAGGGAAAGAUGGGACCUAAUUUGUUGGAAACGUUAGAGGUACUAAUACACGAUCUGCUUCACCCUGAUCUUGCUAGGCAAUCACUUAAAUGACCAGAUUGGGUAGGCCAAUAGUUGAGUAACGCCAUUCAGGGUAGGAUUUUCUAUUCAGCAGAUGACUCGUCAAAAACGUGAUCAGAAUUCGAUCUAUCUGAAUGUCAACCUGAUUCUAAAUAUUGCACUAACAAAGGAAACACUGAGCUUUAAACGGAAAUCGAACACUUCAUCUUCCGUCAAUCACCCUUAAAGCUCUCAAUGCAACAAAAGCAAGAACAAAUACAGCAAAUCUACUGAGCUUCAACAAAUUAAAUCAGUUAUUUUCUUUUGUCCCUUUAGAUCAUUAUAUCUCGACUGGAGCAGAGUCCUUCGUUGUCUUUCUCUGGGAAGUUGCUCUUAGUUUUGGCAAUCAUUCAAUACGCAGACAUCAGACCUUCCUCUCACAUGACCUCCGGGAUAUCGUAUCUGAACAACACGCUGUCCGCCUACAAACAAGCAAUGGCCUAUUUACUAGAUCAGGUAACAGUUUGGUAGCUGGAUGGUAUUUUUUUCGUAAGGCAUUAGGAACGAGAAGUGUCAUUUGUGUUAGCCGAACGUUGUGAGACGAAAACCCUCUCAGAUCAAGAUCUUUUUUCUAUUUGGUUUUCACCGUGCAAGUGCAUUCUCCUGUUCCGAUAGGGAAGAGAAGUCAGAGUUGGAAAGUUCUUUCUCUGAACUACCAUGUUUCAAUGUCUGUCGCCUUUUUUGUCGCCAUUUUUGUUUGCAGCCUUACUUGUGAACCGCGGGUAGUCUACCUAAGACCCGGAGGAAGGGGUGGGGUACGUGGUUGAAUUCACACGUUGUUAAAUGUUAUCCAUAACAUCAAAGAACUGAGAGUGUCUGUAAAGGACGUUUUACAAGGCUUAAAGAGUGUAAAAGCACUUUGCAAUUCCCAUGAGUUGCUAAGAAUUUUAAUCAAGUCGACCCCAAACCAUCUAAAGACCUGGAACAGGCUACCCAGCAAGUUGUACCUGAGGCUCCCACCUGAAAGCUUUCCGAACAGCUAACAGGUUUGGGUGAGAAAACAAAGACAAACAACAAACAAUAGGCUCAAGUCCUGAAACAAUAGAGCUUCGUGCCAAGAAAAGCGAAGAAUGACUAGAGGUUUUCGAAGACAUUCACAACAACAGAACUUGAAUCGUGUGUUGCUUGAGGCCCUGAAGGAAUUGUGGGUUGUUAUUUCCAUUCCCAAACCUAAGUUCCAGGUUCCAUUUGUCGCGAAAACCUGACGUAACAAAACAAACGAUAAUGUCGGAGUUUUUGGCAGUUUGCGAUAGGAUCUUAAAGCCAGAUUCUGAGUCACUCGUGUGCAAACAAAAUAACGGAGACUAAUCGGAGAUAGAAAUGUCUGUCUACAGAGUCUACUGUUCAAGAUUUACUGUUCCGUGCUUCUUGCAUGUUUUUGCUCACUCUAUUUAUUGUAGGAUCUUCAUUUCACCCUCUUCAUACUGUUCUUAUGAUCUCAAAGAAUCUUAUCCAAUCGUGUAACUGCAUCAUAAACAUCACGUUUUUUCUCGUCAUUUUUCUUGCGGUAUUAGCUGAGUCAGCUCGGGAGCGACGUGAAUCUCAUAGAAUCAUCCCCGGUUAUGCCACUUCAUAACAUCUACUUCACGCAGCAUCUCCUUUUGAUCGACAUAAAACUUCGGCUUGGAAGAGCGCUUGCAAAACAACUACCACCUACUGACGUCACGGCAACCGAGUUGCAGGCUGCAGUGAGAGAGCUGUCACUGGGACUUGAGCUAGCAAGGGCUGCAGCUUGUCGGCGGAAGCCUAUUGAAGCACAGCUGUUAUUUACACUUGGUAUGUAGUUCGUCCCAUCUUAGUCACCGUUAUAAAUGACAAAUCAUGUAAAAAAAUAUAAAGUUGACCUUCUUUACUGAGUGCUAUAGAUGUGACGACAUGUGUUCCUGGUUUGUUUGAUUUUGUUGUUGUUGUUGUUGUUUUUUGUUUUUGUUUUUGUAGUUAGCUGUCUUGUUUUUAUUUAGCUAAUCCCACCUUUAUUUUAUUAUUUUUCCUUAAAUAUUUUUGUUCCACUUGUUCGGUUACGAAGUUUCUCGCCUUUUUUGGUGCAGGUCAGAUUCAAAGAAAGAUGCUACAGGCUGGUCAGCAGUCUCCCAGUAAAGUGGUGGACAUUCUGGUCCAAGCUGUGCAGUGCACCUGUAUUUCUGAUCACGACCUUGG